UGCUGAGCGGGUGCUCUGAAGCCCCGGGGUCUGCUGCCCACGGGCUCGGGGGGAUGGUGCCCGUCAGCUGAGAGCCCCUCGUGGGGCCAGUGUGAGUGAGAGGCCCCGGCACGGCCAGCACAGGGGGCGGCCGCACGACCAUGGGCGACGGCGGCUGGAUCUCGCUCAGCCCCACCGAGUUCGCGCAGCUCCAGCAGUACACGGACUACUCCACCAAGAAGCUCAAGGAUGUCCUGGAGGAGUUCCACGGGGACGGCGUCCUCUCGAGGUACAACCCUGAACAGCCCAUUGACUAUGAAGGCUUUUGCCUCUUCAUGAAGACCUACCUGGAGGCAGAUGUGCCAGAGGAGCUUUGCCAACACCUCUUCACCUCCUUCAAGCGUAAGAUAUGCGAAGCCUCCCCCGAGAGCCAGCGCCAGAGCCCCGGCGUCCCGCAGCUCAGCACCCAGGGGAUCAAUGGCAAAACGCUCCGGAGUGCCCUGGGACGACAGACUCCCGAGCCCAAGAGCUGCCACGGCACCCUGGCCGAGCCGCAGCCGGCGGCCCUCACCCCGGCAUCGAUCCCCAACGCCUCCCCUAGCUGGUCCAGGUCAUCCUCCCAGAAGUCCAGCACCGGCACCCCUUCUGCUCACAACUCCUCGGGCUCGUCGAAGAUCUCCUCUGGGUCCCUGCUCAGCCCGCAGUCGCCAGGCCCGAGGAGCACAGAGAAGCGGUUGCCCUUCAGCCUGCGGAAGAGCCACAGCUCGCUGCGAGCGGCCCCGCCGCCCCCUGCCCCCCUGGCCCCCGCUGUCCACCUGAAGGACAUCGUCUGCUACCUCUCACUGCUGGAGAGGGGACGGGCAGAGGACAAGCUGGAGUUUAUGUUUCGCCUCUACGACACGGAUGGAAACGGCCUCCUGGACAGCUCGGAGCUGGAUCGGAUCAUCAACCAGAUGGUGCACGUGGCCGAGUACCUGGAGUGGGACUCCAGCGAGCUGAAGCCGAUCCUGAAGGACAUGAUGGAGGAGAUCGAUUAUGACCACGACGGGACCGUGACGCUGGAGGAGUGGAUCCGGGGCGGCAUGACCACCAUCCCCUUGCUGGUCCUGCUGGGCAUGGAGACGAACGUGAAGGAUGAUGGGCAGCACGCCUGGAGGCUGAAGCACUUCAAGAAACCCGCCUACUGCAACUUCUGCCGCACCAUGCUGCUGGGGGUCCGCAAGCAGGGCCUGUGCUGCUCCUUCUGCAAGUACACAGUCCAUGAGAGAUGUGUGUCCAAAGACAUCGCCUCCUGCAUCAGCACCUACGUGAAAUCCAAGAGAAACACAAGUGUGAUGCAGCACACCUGGAUCGAGGGCAAUUCCCCCGUCAAGUGCGACCGAUGCCACAAGAGCAUCAAGUGCUACCAGGGCAUCACGGGCCUGCACUGCGUCUGGUGCCAAGUCACUCUCCACAACAAAUGUGCGUCCCACGUGAAGCCAGAGUGCGACGGGGGCCCGCUGCGGGACCACAUCUUGCUGCCCUCCUACAUCUGCCCCGUCGUCCUGGACAGGCAGUCCCACUGCCGGAGGUCCGAGAGUGACUCCCCUGCCAGCACCAGCCCCGAGGACAGCCAGGGCUUCAAGUUCAACUCCAGCACGGUGGAGGGGCAGGGGCUGCAGAUCAGCCCCCGGCCCGGCACUCACCCCCUCCUCGUGCUCGUGAACCCCAAGAGCGGAGGGAGGCAAGGGGAGAGGGUCCUGCGGAAGUUUCACUACCUGCUCAACCCGCGCCAAGUGUACAACCUGGACCGCGGCGGGCCCGCGCCGGGGCUGAGCUUCUUUCGGGACACGCCGGAUUUCCGCGUGCUGGCCUGCGGCGGCGACGGCACGGUGGGCUGGAUCCUGGAUUGCAUCGACAAGGCGAACCUGGCGAGGCACCCGCCGGUGGCUGUGCUGCCCCUGGGGACGGGCAACGACCUGGCGCGGUGCCUGCGCUGGGGAGGAGGCUACGAAGGAGGCAACCUGAUGAAGGUCCUGAAAGACAUCGAGCACAGCACGGAGGUGAUGCUGGACCGCUGGCAGAUGGACGUCAUCCCCAGCGACAGAGAGGCCGACGGCGACCCCGUCCCGUCCACCAUCAUCAACAACUACUUCUCCAUCGGGGUGGACGCCUCCAUCGCCCAUCGCUUCCACGUCAUGCGAGAAAAACACCCAGAGAAGUUCAACAGCAGGAUGAAGAACAAACUGUGGUACUUUGAGUUCGGGACGUCAGAGACCUUCGCGGCCACCUGCAAGAAGCUCCACGACUACGUGGAGGUGGAGUGCGACGGGACCGUCCUGGACCUGAGCGCCGCGUCGCUGGAGGGCAUCGCCGUGCUCAACAUCCCCAGCAUGUACGGCGGCUCCAACCUCUGGGGACACACCAAGAAGCAGCGCAGCUACAGCCGGCUGGGCAGGAAAGCGCCCGACAGGCCGCCGGCCACCGUGGUCACCGACGCCAAGGAGCUCAAGUUCUGCGUGCAGGACCUCAGUGACCAUCUCCUGGAGGUGGUGGGGCUGGAGGGUGCCAUGGAGAUGGGGCAGAUCUACACGGGGCUGAAGAGCGCUGGGAAGAGACUAGCCCAGUGUUCAUCCGUCACCAUCAGGACAUCCAAGCUGCUGCCCAUGCAGGUGGACGGGGAGCCCUGGAUGCAGCCGUCCUGCACCGUGAAAAUUACCCACAAAAGCCAAGUGCCGAUGCUGCUGGGCCCCCCGCAGAAGAGCAGCUUCUUCUUCCUGAGGAGGAGAAACCGAACUCGAGAUUAAGCAGCGUGAGAGGAGCC